AUGACACCAUUUCUUAUUUCCGAAGUACUUCGAGAGAUUUUUUUACAUAUUGCAAAUCCAUGUGAAUUAUCCGGAACUUAUUCGAUUGAAGGAUUACAAAUUGAUUAUACUCCAAUUAUUUCAAUGUAUUUAAAAUGCCUUGAAGAUCAUGAUAUAAAAUCGCUUUUAAAUCAAGGAAUUGAUAUUUCGCUAAUGACCGAUUAUAAUCAAAUGCAAUUAGGUAUAACAAAUAAAAAACCUAUGUUUAAUUAUCCAGGUUUUCUUCGUGUAUUAUAUUAUGAACAAAUGAUAAAUGAAGAUAAUAAUGAAAAUAAUGUAACGUUGGAUAAUAAUGCCGAGGAAAUUAUAAUGAAAACAUUAUUACAACUUUGUUUAAAACAUGGUUCAAGAUUAUAUGGUUUACAUUUAAAUCCUGACGAGUUAGAAGAAGAUAAUGAUGAAAUGUACGAAAUAUUGUUGAUAGAUAAUCAAUUGAAAAAUUUAGUCUCUCCAGUUCGUUCAUUACACAUUUACGCAUUUGUUAUAAAAAUAGAGUUCGAACUUUGGGCUCGACAUCAUGAUGAUAGGCUUGUUAAUGCUUUUGGAGAAGCUAUCACUUCGUUAAUAUCGUUACAAACCGCUUUAGUAUCGUUCUCCCUGACAUCCUGUAAAGCAUAUACUCGCGUAUUUAUUCCACCACUCAAACUACACUCAUCCACGUUACGUUAUAUAAGAUUCGAUAAAGUCAACUUUAAGGGUUGUGACCCAUGGUAUAGCAUAGCGGAAUGCCGGAAUAUCGAACUUCUUGAAGUAAUUCAAUGUAAGAAUUUAGAGGAAGAGAUGGUUGGACCUGUGACAAAAGCAAGUUUUGGAAAACAUUUUGAAGUUAGGUAUGUGAGUGCUUAUAAUAAUAAUAAUAAAUUUAAAGAUUGGGUUGAUAAAGUUAGUGGAAGUGUUGUUGGUAACAACAUAUGCGGCGAAAAGUUAAAUAUUGGAAAAGGGAUUUUCGCUUUACUAAGCGUAUAA